AUGGCUGAGGAUACCAUGCGCCUUGUACGCGAGAUAGAACGUGUCGUGACUGCGCCCUAUGUGCCCUCGCUACAGGACCUGUACGAGCUCGUCCAGCGCGUUGCGCCAUCAAAAGUCGAAGUAUGGGCUCUGCAGAAGCCUUGUCAAGUGGGCCUGUUGACGGACGUUUUGAUGGAAGGCCUGUCUCGAUCGCGGGCUGCAUUGCCGCUUCUCUCGGCAUUUGCUCGAAUGACUUGCUUUCGAGAUGCACUUCUGAAGCGUCAUCCCGUUGUCUUGGACGCCUUUUUGGAGAAGGCUAUGGAAACGGAGCCCGAAUACAUUAAUGCCUGUACUGAUAUAUUAUCGUCUCCUCUUCCAUCAGACAUUGUUCUGCCUGGUCGAGUUGCUGGCUUCCUCGCUAAGUUAGUCGCAUCGAUGGCAGGAAGUCCAUGUGCAGAGACUGUGGCCCCCCUGCAUACCCUUGUAAGCACACUGCAGGCAUCUCCGCGCCUUUUUCACGAAAUCCCAGAUGACAUUAUGUCGAAUCUGCAAGUCGAGUUCACCAAAACCCUUCGCAAUAUGGAUGAUCACAUGGGUAUUCUCUUGAGUCUCGCUACCUUCGCACGCAUUGCAUCCACCCAGUCCCGCAGUCCCCGAUAUCAACAGGGGUCAGAGCCGCCGACGUGGCUUCUUAACAUUCAACACUUCUUUGGUCCAAAGCGUGGGGUUAAGACACUUGACUUGGUUGUCUUGCGAGUCAUCCUAGCCUGCUCUUCAAGCAGUACCUCUCUCACGCCAGCCCAAGCAGAGGAGAGUAUUCGCCUUUCUAUUUCGAUUAUUGAUACUAUUGGUCCGGAGCAAAAAAAUGCUUGGAUUUCAGCCGGGUCCUCCAAAAUUGCCAAGCUGUGCGACAAGAUAGCCCGCGAUGGCCUGGAUCGCGGAAUCCAACUCAUGGGUCUGACCUUCUUGCUAUCUCUUUGCCCCAUCAAAAAUUUCCCACCGCAGGUUCGCAACCUGGGACUACGCCUGCUUGUCUCUCGGGACAGCCGAGGAGCUUUAACCACAAUGUCGCGCGAUCUAGUCAUCCGCUUGACGGAAUGUCUCUCUGCCUGCGACGAGUCUAUUGUUUACGAACUUCUCCGAUUUACUGUUGAUGCUGUGAAAGACAACAGUUUGAACCAGGACUCUUUAUCGAGCCUACACGUUGCGGAUACUUUACUUUCCAGCUUCCAAGCGAAUGAGUCCCACCAGAUCGUGUCUUCUCUCUUAAGCUCGGCGUCGACAAAAGAGACCAUUGCGAGUCUCUUUGUAAAAUUCCCAGUCACAACUGAUCGAGACCAGUGCCAGGGAUCGGAUGUCUGCCAGUGUGCAUACAGCGCUUUGCAGAACAAAAUCUUGCUCAACCUUUUUCAGAUGUACUUUGCGGCCACACUGUCUCAGAAUGGAAGUGAUAGGGACAUUUCCAUCAUGAAGUCCUUUGUGGAGCGCGCGGCGAGGACCAUGACUAGCCAAAAAUGCUCUUUUGCGGAUGCCGAGUCGAAGAAUUUCCGCAGCUCUCUUCUCUUUCGCGAUCGACAAGAGUUUGCAUCGAAAGAAAUUCCGAACUGGGAUUGGAAAUCCUCCAUCACUGGCACUUUUAUGCAAACCUCCGAGAUGGCGCAUACGAACAUACUGAAGAAAAUUGAAGACAUCUGCUUCGAUAUGGAACGCCGAUGCCAUGAUGUCGAAGGUCCAUUGCGCUCAGUUGAGAAAGACCGCGACAGAUGCGUUCUUGAAGUCGAGGAACUCAAGUAUCAAAAUGAAGAGUUGGCUCGGAGUCUCGGACGAUCUAACCAGACAAUCUCAGAUCUCCGCGAAGAGAUGGCUGAGCUGGAAAAGCAUGCUGAAAAGGCGUAUAGUCGAGUCGACGAACUGUCCCUUUCUCUCAACUCUGUCCAGCAACAGCUCCAUGAGCAACAAUGCCAUUCCGAGGAAAUAUUCAACGUGGAGAAAGAAAGGUUCCGAACGCGAGAGCUUGAUCUGAUUGCUACUUCGACUGAGAAGGACGAUCAACUGGAGGAGCUAGAGGCAGAAGUACAGCUUCUUCGAGCCAAUAAUGAAAAUAUGCGCCAAUCGCUGGAAAUUGAGUCACAAGUAAAACUGUUCUCUUCAGAAAGGGCUGGUCUCUUGGAACGUGAUCUGGAGCAUCAUAUAACUCUUCUGGAGCAAAGCAGGUCAUUAUGUUCUGAAAAGGAAGACGAGGUUAAGCGCCUAAUGGCAGACAACGGGAAUCUGAAAAUGGAAACAGCGUCCAUGAAGGUUACGGUUGAGGAACAGAGUCGGGAAGUCGAGAGACUCUACGGUUCGCUUCAAGAGGCCGAAGAGAAGUCAAUUUCGGGGAGGGAGACUCUCCAGCAACAGCACGAAAUUGAAAUCUCCAAAGUCGCAACAGAGGUUGCAAACGAAAAAAGGGAAGUCGCACGCCUACGUGCAGCAAUGCAAGAGGCCGCUAGCGAUGCUUCCAAGAAACUCCAGUCUAAGGACAAACGCCUACAGCACUUGGAGAGAAAGAUACAAGCCAUGCGGGAUGAGAGAGAGGCCAAAGCCAGAGAAUUUUCCGAGGCUCAACAACACAUUGGUCGCUUGAUGAGCGUCAUGGGGUUCUCUGCGCAGCCAACCGAGCCCCAGUCCACCACAAAACAGCAAACUAGAACGAGCGGACCUUCUCAGGCAGCAGCGUGUCACUCUGCCGCAUAUGACGAGGAUUCGCAAUUGGUGCAGUCGUUUGAAUCCACCAAUCUCCAGGAACAUUCUUCCAAGAGACCUUCUCCAAAGCGACCCCGAGCGAACCGACUCUCCCUAAACCCAUCACAGCCUCCGCCCCGAACCCCUGCAGCCCCUACUACACGGUCGGCGACGAAGACUCCCGACACCGCGCAACGUUCUGCUCGACAACCUUUCACUGAGUCGCGUGCCAACAGCAACCCGGACAAAUUCCAGUCCGCCGAUCUCUCCAAGCACAGUCAGCCGGCGGUCGGUCUGACGAAUAACUUUGAGGAGAAUCAUCUGCAGGACUUUGACUUGGAUAUGGAUCUAGAGUUCUCCAGGGACUUUAUUUUUACGAGCACUGCCUUCUCGGGGUCGGAAGAAAAAUUGGCACAGCAGUGA